GCUAUCGAUAGUUUAACAGCUCUACUAUGCUGAUCUGGGCACACUGCGACAGCGCGCUUCUUGCGAAGGAGGCGAAAAUUGCUUUGAAUUUGUUGUGGUCUGAUACUACCGACAGAUAGUACAGCAGAUAUGGAUGUGGUGAAGCGCGGCUUCGUUCGCGCUUGCAAGAAUCACAGCUACCUUAGCUACGAGCUAAUCGACAACAUCCUGGGCCCGCUAUGCGCCCAACACCAGGUCUCAAAACCCUCCAGCAAGGAGGCCGUGAAGGCAUUUGUGGGUGAAAUAAACGAUUCCAUCAGCGAUUUGGGCCAGUCGCUGGUCUUCAUCAAGUACCCGAUCAAGACCGAGGAGUACCUGGUGUACGCCAAGACAGAUGCCACGCCCGACAGCGUGGCUAGCACCGGCCUAACGGCCGAGGAGUGCCAGUACUUCUCCAAACUGCUGGACAAGAUUGCCGCCGAGGAGGACUGCCACAUCCCCUGGAAUGCUGCCUACAGCGAAGUCCUCCUGCAGGGCAGCUCGAAGCCGGUCAAGAAGAGCCGCAUGCAGGAACUGCUCCAGAAGUGGACCCAAAUGGGCUACUUCAUGGAGCUGGACGAGAGAAUCUACCUGGGGCCGCGCAGCCUCGUCGAACUGAACUUCUACCUGACCUCCCACCACACAGAGCACAUCAAGAACUGCAUGCUGUGCAAGUGCCUGGUAUUGUGGGACAUACGCUGCGGAUCUUGCCACAUUCAGUUCCACCGCGAGUGCAUCCACACGUACUUGCAGCGGCGAGACAUUUGCCCGUCCUGCGGCAACCUGUGGACAACACCUUUACGACGGUCCACCAGUUCUUCUUCAUGAAUAAAAUGAAUGAAACCAA